AUGCUCUUUGAUCAGUUUUAUUUACAGCUUCAAGAGAGCAAGGAAAAUGACGAAUGUCUGGAUUAUGUGGAGAAUAUUGAUGCAAGUACAGAGGACAAAUUUGAGAUGACCAUCAAGAGCUAUGUUACAGAGAAAGAAAUCGAAAAUUAUCUCCAUCAGUGUUGGAGAUACAAUUUUGUUCAUAAACAGUCUGACAAUAAAGACUCAAAUGACAACAAUAAGUCGCUGUCGCCCGUCAAGAGUCCGAUAACUCUCCACACGUCCUGGUGUCUGGUCUGCGGCAAGCCGGAUCGUCUCCGCCAGUGCCCCAACUGCCCCUCAUCCUUCCACCUGCCGUGCCGUAGGGAAUGGCUGAUCACUAUAAUUCAUCGCAAAAACCCACCACAGAAAGCCAAAAAGCAGGCGAUGUUUGUUGAGAAGAUAUUAUCGAGCACCCGUACCAUAUGCUCCGUGAUAAAGGAAAAAGAGAACAUUGAACUAUGCCCGAGUUGUAUGUGGGGUCCUCGUGUUGGGUACGACGACGUGGUGUGGCACAAGCUGGGCUCUUGCCCGUGGUGGCCGGCGCGCGUGCUCACGCCGGGGUCAACGCCCUCUUGUCUCCUUGCACGCACUCACUCCCACCACCACUGGCCGCUCAAGUACUACGGUACGCAAAACCAUUCUUGGGGCGAAAGCUCCAGGAUGUGCCUGUUCCUGCCGAGCCACACUGCCGCGCUGGACGCUGCACGCGACCCCACAUUGCAGCAAGCCGUGCUCGACGCCUGCGACGACUAUAUCGCAGUCUACCUCACC